AUGGGUACAUCCCCCACACCUUCGGGGGCAUAUCUACCAUUACCAUGCAGCACUGUGUCAAGCCCUUUUACUGUGCCCAGGAUAGAAUCCACAACUUCCAUAGCAGGCACUGCUUCUACUGCAGCCAUGUCCUCAAGCACUUCAAAUGCAGUGAUUACAUCUGGCUCGGCACAAGUUGUCACAGUCCCUUCUGUAGUACCUGCUAGCAUAACUGCAUCUGCCAGUGCUUCAGCUGCCAUAACUCAGCCCCCUAACAAUACAUCCACUGUAACUUUGCCUACAAAUACUACAGCUUCUGGAACGGUGCACACAAACAGCACAGUGAGUGGACCUUUACCUACUGCUACUACUGCUCUCUCAGCGAGAACAGCAACAGCAACUAACAUAGCUUCGGCUAGCAUUGCAGCUACAAUUACAGGAAGUAUGCCUACAAGUGCCAGGUUGACUAAAGCACAGUCUUCAACUCCUUUAGUCAUGGGAAUGCAGGCAAGAAGCCCAGCAUCAGUUGAGCCAUUGCCUGCCAGCUCUGCAGCUUCUGUAACUCUGCCUACAGGCACUAAUACAGCUGAAAAUGUUUCUUCUAACAUUACAACCAAUGCAAAUGGAUGCAGCAGUAUGUCUGUAGCAACAAAAAGUACAGCAGCUACUAUAUCAUGUACUCCAGCUACUCGAGCAUUACAGUCAUGUAGCCCAGCUACUGGAAUUCAGUCUACAAGCACCAUGUCUGCUGCAACAGUUCCUGCACACACAUCUGGAACUGAUAUUUCCAGGAGUCCAGCAGGAGAAAACUUGCUUAGAAAUAAUCCCGAGAGUGUUACAAAGCCCAUGGACCUCCCCCCUGUUGUUGCUACAACUGCAUGUGGUCUGUCCACUUCAGUAUAUAGCACAGCUGUUGUAAGUGGACCCCAAAGUAGUGAAUGUUUUAACCUGUGCGGUACAGUAGCCGACGGGAACAAUGUGGUGAGUGUGAAGGAGAAAGGUGGCAGUGAGCCACAACUAAGUGCCUGUACCUCCGUCUGUGAUGUGACGCAUGUGAUUGAUGCCAAACAACCGUGUGCUGAACAAGGUCUCAGCAGCAGUGGUGGCCCAAGGCCAUGCCUCAAGAGUUAA